UGUCCCGUUACCUCAUUGACAUUCAGUCCCAGUGAGAGACACAGAGAGAGAGUACGAAGACAUUGUCCGGGACAGAGACAGCAGUUGUACUGAUGUAGUUGCUACAUAGCGACAGCAAAUGGACAUUUUGAGCGGAAUGAAGAUUAAAGUUUGAUGUGAGCAUGAACGAGCGUGAUCUGAGGAACACUGAGUGUGUUCUGACCUGGAUUCAGUGAAGAGUUUGGGAGAGACAGGGCGAGGGGUGAGGGGUGGACGAGGGAUUUACUGGGUCAAACAAACCGACUACCCCCACCACUGAAGAAGAAGGGAAAGUCAGAGGAGGACUAAGAAGAAAAAACACCAGACAAAGCACCAAGGAAACCAUGAACACUGAAAAGCCGUGUGUGCUGUGACUUCCUGAAGUCUAGAAGUGAGGUGAACUGAUCUGGAGAGAGAAGCACAAUGUCACGAUCAGACGAGGUCAACAAAAUGACAGAAAAUGUCUACAAGGGCAUUCUGGAGCAGUUCAACCCCAGUCUGAAGAAUUUUGUCACCAUGGGCAAACACUAUGAAAAGGCUCUGACAGGCGUCACAGUAGCAGCAAAGGGUUAUUUUGAUGCUCUGGUCAAACUAGGAGAGCUGGCCAGUGACAGCCAGGGCUCGAAAGAACUGGGUGAUACGUUGUUCCAGAUGGCAGAGGUUCAUCGGCAGAUCCAGGUCCAACUCGAGGAUGUGCUAAAGCUGUUUCAUUCAGAGCUGCUGUCUCAACUCGAGCAGAAACUGGAGCUAGACAUCAAAUAUCUGACCGCGACGCUGAAGAAGUACCAGAGUGAGAGGAAGUCAAAGGUGGAGUCCAUUGAGCGAUGCCAAUCACAGCUGAAGAAGCUGCGGAGGAAGAGCCAAGCUAGUCGCCAUCCCAACAAAUAUGGAGACAGAGAGAUGCAGUAUGUGGAGCUGAUGAGUCGCCGGCAGGGCGAGCUGGACUCUCUGGUUGCCGUUGGUUACCGCUCCGCUCUGACAGAAGAAAGGCGACGCUAUUGCUUUCUGGUGGACCGUCAGUGUUCAGUCACCAAGAUCCUCACCAACUACCACUGCAAGGUGAGAGAGCUGUUGUCUCAGAAGCUGUCGUCGUGGCAGCAGUCAUGUGCGCAGCCAACCAAGCUCCCGGAGCGAGCGCUGAGCCUGCUGCGUCACACCGCCCCCCAGAGCUCUGGAGGAGCCGGACUCGCCGAGGUCCUGCGCAACGCUAAACUGGGAAUCACUCAACACGGAGAACAGAGGCUGUCUGUACAGGAAGUCCCGCCUCUGUUGAACGGUGACAGCAGCAGUCGUCCUCAGCAGCAGCAGUCUCACCAGAACCCCUCCAGUAAUGGACAAGCCCACUCUUCAGCCAGCCCCGCCCACUUCCAGCCAACAGUGGGCGUGUCCGGGUGUCAGUCUCCUCCCACUGUUAGCCACACCCCCAGUUCCGCCCACAGCACUCCUCUGUCCCGCGCGCUGUCCAGCUGUCCUGCUGCUCCCGAUCUCUACUCCACCUCCACACUGCCUCUGCCCAGGAGACAGUCCAGCGACACUCGCCAGGGACUCAUGGGCUCGACUCUUCCCCGAGUGCUUCCGCUCUGUGCUCCGUCCCGUGUGGAGGCUCUGUUCCCUCACUCCCCAGACUCCUGCGAGGCAGAGAAGCCAGGAGACCGAGGAGGAAGCUCAUGUCUGCUGUCCUUCCUGCCUGGAGACGCUCUGUCCCUGCUGAUCAGUGAACCCAGAGACGGCUGGCACUACGGCCAGAACGAGCGCACGGGACGAAAAGGCUGGUUUCCCUUCUCCUACACACAGCCUUUCCCCAACACUCCCGGACAAGAUCUCAGUCCUCCUGCUCUGUCGAAGGUGAACAGCAGCAGUAUGGGGCAGUUAGACAGGCUUCCCCCCGCGGGUCAGAUGCCGCAGGUCUGUCCUGACUCUGAGGACGAGAGGAGCGUCUUGUCCCAGCGCAUCAGCACCUUCAGACCACGACCCUACAGCAUGAUGAACCCCGAGACCAGCAGGAUGAGGACGUCGACUGAUUUCACCUCGACGCCUCCAUCACCCAGCAGGAUCAACCCGUUCGCUCAUAUUCGCCUCAAGAAGACGGUGACCAAUGAUCGCUCCGCCCCACUGAUACAGCAGAGCCUUUGAUUGACAGCCAGAGAUGCUCCUGUGAAUGCUUCAUGAAUAACCCAAACUCUGAGAGGCAGAGUUUACACUUUUGAGAGAAUUAAGUGCAUUUAGAUCAUUUAGGAUUUAGCAGAUCAAACGUAUAUUCUAUAUAUAUUACAUUAUCAGAAAAAUGAAAUAUUUCAAGGUCUUUAUGUAUGAGUGCACUGACCUUUAACAUUUAACUCCAUAUUAUGGACAACAGUUUCUUCAGUAUUUUAACUCCUUUACUGUAAUGUCUACGAUGAAACAGUCAAUUCUCGAAAAAGUCAGUUUGACAAAACGUAGAUGUUUUUGGUAUAUCUGAUAUUUGUGGAGACGAUUCACAAUUUAGUUUCAUGAAAUAUUUACUCACUCGUGUCAUUCCACAUGCUAUCUAUCAUUUUUGGGUGAAUUGUUCCUGAGUGUACUUCCCACACAAAAUAAGAUACUUUCUCCUAAAACUUUUAUUUUAUGUAUUUUUAAAUAUUGAAUAAAGACAAGGUAUCCUAGAGCAUUCUGGGAGAAGCAGGUGAACGGACUGUUGGAGUCAAAAGCAGGGAAAUGGAGUAUAGUUAUAUAUAGAAAGGCUUUGAGAGAGUUUUUGGAAAAGCGUUGUGUUUGUGAAAGUGUGACGUGAAGAGGCUCUCGCUCUGGUCUCUUGUCUCCCUUCCAUCUGCUCUUAUGUGUUUUGUUAAACCCCAGAUCUCUAAAACUAAAGCUCGAGACCGUGCAGAGACGUGACAGAAGGUCUGGAAAGUGUAGACGUGCUGGAGGACAUGACGGAUAGAUGAGAAAUAAGCUGAAAAAACGUCUUUCUGACCCUUUUUCACCAUUAUUUUGGGACAGAGAAGACUUAACGAUGUAUUCGAAAUUAACCAAAAGAAUAUGAUUCAUUUACUUUUGAGUUUGUGUGUUACUGUAAGUUAAAUUGUUUCUGAAUUGUCUUAAAAGUUGCUUAUCGUUGUGAGGUUUUACACUGAAACCAAUCUAACUAAUUAUUAAAGGUGAGACCUUUGUUCACAAAUGUUUGAAUUAUUUCUCCACUCCUGGGUCGGUUUGUUCUGAUACCUUCAUUUAUUAACUUUUUCUAUUAUAAAGAUAUCUUAAGUUGAAUAAUGCUAAAAGGUUAAUCUCCAACCUUAUAUAUGCAAAUAUAAUGGUAUACUGUAAUACAGUGAGAAAUUAUUUUUUUUCAUAAAAUAUCAUAAUUACAUUAAUAAAAUGAACAUGAAUUUGAUAUUUGAUCAUGUUCUCGUCAUCAUCUGAGAUGAUCAAGAGCAACUUGAGCUUGAGUGGAUGCAGGAAUGCUCAAAAACACUCGGGUGCAUCUCAACAAAUUAUGAAGAAAUCACGGAAAAGUUCUUUCUUUUUUGUUUUAUUUUAAAUUUCCUAAGCUG